CAUCCAACCCGCCGACCCCUGACACCUUGGAGAGGUCCGCUGUCGGUCAGUCCGGAGCGCCUAUGGCCCCGGCCGCUGUCCUGCCAUUUCCAGCUCUGCCGCUGCCCGCCCCCACCCCUUUGCUGCUUGCAAUCAGCCCCCUUGAGUCUGCGAGCUAAUGGGAACGCCCCUCUUGGUCCCCGAGUCUUCCCGGCUGCGGGCUCCAGUCCCAGCACCGCUCCUGAGAUUUCCGACCUUGUCCUGAGCAGGGCGGCAGUCUCCGACUCGGUACCCACUGUGCAGGCAGCAACUCGAGAGGAACCGCGGAAGGCAACCCUGGGGGUACCUCCCCGUAGCCCUCAGGACAGACGUGAAGAGCUGCUGUAGUGGGUGGUCUCAGCGCCACCGACUAGAGCUGGAAUCCCAACUCUGACACUUACUUGCUGUGUGACCUUGGGCAAGUUAGUUGACCUCUCUGAACCUCGGAUUCCUCAUCAGUGUACUGCAUAAGCAGCAUUUUUCUCAAAGUUGAGGUUAUACCUGGGAAGCAUUUAGUAAGAGGCCUGGCUCAGGUAAACGGUCAGGAACUGCUGGCUGGAAUUCCAGUUUCCAUUCUUGCUUUCCUUCCUGGCACUGCUGCUGAACUGGGAACCCCCUCCUCUCAGGUACUCUGUACCCCCUUCCCGUUAAAAUAGCAAUGAGUUCUAACAGGACCAAGAUUUGCCACCAGUCUUGUCAGCACCAUUAAUAUGUGUAUUACUUCUAAUCAGAUCUUAUCAGCAAGAGCAAGGGACACAGUUACCCCUGGUAUUACCAGUGCCUGUGUUGUCAUGGCUAACUUUGCCAUUCAUAAUGGCAUCAUCCACAUUUCAGGUUUCACGCUAGGAGAAGCUACAAUAGCUUGACUGGCGACGUUGCUAAUCAUGAUUUGUUGUGCUUCCAAUAAAUAGGACUCUUUAUACAAUUACUGCAAUUAGUCCUGCAGGCCCUGCUAAGGCCUCACUGAUAUUUUGAAGGUUCAUGUUGCCCCUCACACAGUCACUAAGGGAAUAGCUGAAAGCUUUCUUCCUGCUGAGACUGAGGCUCUGGCCUCCCGUGCAUCCCUGCUGACCCUGCCAAGCGCUGGAGCUCAGUUCCAAUGGGGCAGACCUUGGACUGCCGGUUGGUGGGCAUUCAGCAUAGAGAUGGUGGGUGUUGGUUAUGUGUGCAUAUGUGCAUGUGCACACAUAGGAUGCAAGCGUGCAUGUGUUCUCGCAUGCUCGCGUGCAUGUGUGCUCGCGUGCACAUGCACGCACACAGCCUGGUCUUGAUUCCCUGUGGAUUGGGCUUUUAAAGCCUGUGAAAGAAUGGACGUCCAUGGUCAGACAAGAAAAAUAAUGUAAGAAGAGGGAAGUUUCCUGAACAGCUGGGGAAACUCUAGACAAGCAAUCUAGAAGCUGGAGCAGAGGGCUGAUGUGGCAUCUUAGGGGAAGGGACAGGAAGACUGCCGAGCUCUCGAGGUUAGAGAUGGAGUGGCGUGUCCUGCUUUGGAGGAUGAGAAGAUGGAGCUGAGAUGGGUGGGUGUGUGGGAGGGAGACCAAGGUGUGGACUCCUGAAUCUGAGUCUGGUUCCUAAGAGGAAGGGAUGUCUGUUUACCCAGGACUCCUAACUACCCUGGAAAGGGGCUGAGGCCCAAGCUUGGUGUGAUUAGUUGGGGUGGGAGUGGGGGCUGUGGGAGGUAUGCAGAGCCAGGUCCUCAUCAGCCUCAGAUUUUCCCCCUUCAUUCCCCCACCUACAUAACGGAGGUGAAAGGGGGGGUCUAGGGUGUUGGGUGUUGGUUCCAGAGUGGCUCCAACUAUAUGGGUUUCUGGGCCGCCUGUCAGAGCACUGGGAGCCACGUCUGUGAGCAGCCCAAGGAGAGGGGAGGGAGGGCGCCAGAAAGGGGCCUGGCUCGGGACCUGGCACAGCUCAAAUGCAUGGCAAACAGUCUCCCGAGAACCCAGCAGGCACUGGCUCUUCAUGCCAAAUGGUCCCCACUCCAGCCCCAGAAAGCGGUCCUCUCAAGUGCCCAGUGCUGCCCAGUGCUGCCCAGUGCUGGUCUCGGCACCCUCUGAUCUGGCCCCAUCAAGGCCCUCCCCGCUCUCAAAGGUCAGAGAGAGGCCCUGCACAUCUGGUUCCUGCCACUCUCCCCCACCUCUGACCCAGUGGGGGAAAUGGAGGUCACAGUUGUGGGAACUUUAUCUCAGGCUCAGGAAGGGGGGACACGUAUGAAGGCAGAAAAGUCAGCGAAGAUAGAGGUGGAAUAAUGCACCUGAAGUGGGAAUGAGGAACUAAUGGGAAUAAGCCUGGUCUCCAAGAAGUCUUGCCUGCCUCCAACUUUUAUCUCUCCUACUGCAUCUUUUGCCUAUUUCAUGGCAGACUUGGCUCUCCAUGAUCUUCUGAAUCUAACCCAACUUUCUUUUUUUCUCAUUUUUGGCCGCCCUGCGGUUCAUGGAGCUCCUGAGCCAGAGAUCAGAUCCGAGCCAGAGUCAUGACUAAGCCACGGCUGUGGCAACGCCAGAUCCUUAACCCACUGUGCCAGGCCUGAGGAUUGAAUCUGUGUCCCAGCACUCCCAAAAUGCCACUGAUCCAGUUGCACCACAGUGGGAACUCCUAACCCAGCUCUUAAAGAUGAUGUCUGCUCUGCAGGCUUUCUCCUGGGGUCACAUGGUCUGACGCCUGACUUGGCUUCACUGAGGACCGAGGGUCAACCCUAUCCCUCUGUGGACCCAUUUCUCAAUAUCCCACGCACAUCCCUCCAUUAUGAGAGUUCCCUCCAUCAGCCUGCAGCAUGGCCCCACUGUUCCUGCCCCUGCUGGCAGCACUGGCUCUGGCCCCGGUCCCUGCGGCCUUGGCUGAUGCUCUGGAAGGGGACAGCUCAGAGGACCGGGCCUUCCGCGUGCGCAUCGCCGGCGACGCGCCGCUGCAGGGCGUGCUGGGUGGCGCCCUCACCAUCCCGUGCCACGUUCACUACCUGCGGCCGCCGCCGAGCCGCCGGGCCGCGCUGGGCUCCCCGCGGGUCAAGUGGACCUUCCUGUCUCGGGGCCGGGAGGCCGAGGUUCUGGUGGCGCGGGGGCUGCGCGUCAAGGUGAGCGAGGCCUACCGGUUCCGCGUGGCACUGCCUGGGUACCCGGCGUCACUCACCGAUGUCUCCCUGGUGCUGAGCGAGCUGCGGCCCAACGACUCGGGCAUCUACCGCUGCGAGGUUCAGCACGGCAUCGAUGACAGCAGCGACGCUGUGGAGGUCAAGGUCAAAGGGGUUGUCUUUCUCUACCGAGAGGGCUCUGCCCGCUACGCUUUCUCCUUCACUGGGGCCCAGGAAGCCUGUGCCCGCAUCGGAGCCCGAAUCGCCACUCCGGAGCAGCUCUAUGCCGCCUACCUCGGGGGCUAUGAACAGUGUGAUGCUGGCUGGUUGUCUGACCAGACUGUGAGGUAUCCCAUCCAGACUCCACGAGAGGCCUGUUAUGGAGACAUGGAUGGCUUCCCUGGGGUCCGGAACUAUGGAGUGGUAGACCCGGAUGACCUCUAUGAUGUCUACUGUUAUGCUGAAGAAUUAAAUGGAGAGCUGUUUCUGGGUGCCCCUCCAGACAAGCUGACGUUGGAGGAGGCACGUGCAUACUGCCAGGAGCGGGGUGCCGAGAUUGCAACCACGGGCCAGCUGUAUGCAGCCUGGGAUGGUGGCCUGGACCGCUGCAGCCCAGGCUGGCUGGCUGAUGGCAGUGUGCGCUACCCCAUCGUCACACCCAGCCAGCGCUGUGGUGGGGGCCUCCCUGGUGUCAAGACUCUUUUCCUCUUUCCCAACCAGACGGGCUUCCCCAACAAGCACAGCCGCUUCAACGUCUACUGCUUCCGAGACUCUACUCAGCCCUCUGCCAUCCCUGAGGCCUCCAACCCAGCCUCUGAUCUGGCCUCUGAUGCACUGGAAGCAAUUGUCACAGUGACAGAGACCCUGGAGGAGCUGCAGCUGCCUCAGGAAGCUGUGGAGAGUGAGUCCCGAGGAGCCAUCUACUCCAUUCCUAUCAUGGAAGAUGGAGGAGGUGGAAGCUCCACUCCAGAGGACCCGGCAGAGGCCCCGAGGACCCUUCUAGAGUUUGAAACCCAAUCCAUUGUAACCCCCCUGGGGUCCUCAGAAGAGGAAAGCCAAGUGUUGGAGGAAGAAGAGAAAUUCGAGGAAGAAGAAGAAGAGGAGGAGGUGGAGGAUAAGGCGCUGUGGGCCUGGCCCAGCGAGCCUGGCAGUCUGCACCCAGAAGCCACUCUCCCCACCGAGUCAGCUCCAGAGGAGUCACUCUCCCAGGCAUCCCCACCAGCAAGGGCAGUCCUACAGCCUGGUGCAUCAUCACCUCCUUAUGGAGAGCCAGAGGCUCCCAGGCCUCCAAGGGUCCUUGGACCACCCACGGAGACCCCGCCCACUCCCAGGGAGGGGAACCUGGCAUCCCCACCAUCUUCCACUCUGGUUGGGGCAAGAGACAUAGGGGUGGAUACUGGGGGUCCUGAGCUGUCUGGGGUCCCUCGAGGAGAGAGUGAAGAGACAGGGAGCUCCGAGGAUGCCCCUUCCAUGCUUCCAGCCACACGGGCCCCUGAGGGUACCAGGGAGCUGGAGAUCCCCUCUGAAGAACAUUCUGGAAGAACUGUCCCAGCAGGGACUUCAGUGCGGGCUCAGCCGGUGCUGCCCACUGACAGUGCCAGCCGUGGUGGAGUGGCCGUGGCCCCCUCAUCAGGUGACUGUGUCCCCAGCCCCUGUCACAAUGGUGGGACGUGCUUGGAGGAGGAGGAGGGGGUCCGCUGCCUAUGUUUGCCUGGCUAUGGGGGGGACCUGUGCGAUGUUGGCCUCCGCUUCUGCAGCCCUGGCUGGGACUCCUUCCAGGGCGCCUGCUACAAGCACUUUUCUAAGCGAAAGAGCUGGGAAGAGGCGGAAAACAAGUGCCGGAUGUACGGCGCGCACCUGGCCAGCAUCAGCACGCCGGAGGAACAGGACUUCAUCAACAAUCAAUACCGGGAGUACCAGUGGAUUGGGCUCAACGAUAGGACCAUCGAAGGCGAUUUCCUGUGGUCAGAUGGCGUCCCCUUGCUCUAUGAGAACUGGAACCCAGGGCAGCCAGACAGCUACUUCCUGUCCGGAGAGAACUGCGUGGUUAUGGUGUGGCACGAUCAGGGACAAUGGAGCGAUGUGCCCUGCAACUACCACCUGUCCUACACCUGCAAGAUGGGGCUGGGUGAGGGCGGGCAAGCGGGAAGAGGGGUGGGGAGCAGGGAACCCCGGGGGGAACUGAUGCUGUGUAAAAGGAAGGUGCAAAGCCACACAGAGGAACCAGAAAUAUGUCCCAGGCCACGAGUUGGGUGGGAUAACAAAUUAGAUGGGUCCACUCGGAAUCCCUGCUCUCUUGCCUGUCAGCUUGUGACCUACUCCUCUCCUCCUUCAUCCCGAUGCUGGGAACUGUUACACACAGUUCCUGAUUGUGUCGGGCUCCCAGUUCCUGAUUGUGUCCCCUCUGCAGUGUCCUGUGGGCCCCCACCGGAGCUGCCCCUGGCUCAAGUGUUUGGCCGUCCACGGCUGCGCUAUGAAGUAGACACGGUGCUUCGUUACCGGUGUCGGGAGGGACUGACCCAGCGCAACCUGCCACUGAUCCGCUGCCAGGAGAAUGGUCGCUGGGAGACCCCUCAGAUCUCCUGUGUGCCCCGCAGGCCUGCUCGAGCUCUGCACCCAGUAAAGGCCCCAGAGGGACGUCAGAGGAGGCUACUGGGGCACUGGAAGACACGGUCAACCCCCCCUCCCAAUCCUGCUUCAGGUCCCUAAGGGGCAAGGCACUGCCCUCUGUCCCCAACCCUCCCUCGACCCCAUGCUCUUCCCACCACAGGGAGUGACAACAUGAGAGGUGUGGAGCUGAAGUCCAGGUGAUAUUGCCUGGAGGAGCUUCUGGGAAAUACCUGGGCAACCCCAGCCCUGCCUUAGGCCCUCUCACCCCUACCCUGGGCUUCAGGUUUUUCCCUCAGGGCCUCCAGGAGGUCCCAAAGUGCCUCAACUGCCCUCUCCUUGCCAGCUGUCCCAUCCCCUCCAUUCCCCUGGACAUGUGGGGGGACACUGUGCCCACUCAUUCUUGGUUUUCCAAGAGAGUGGAGUACCUGUAAAACCAGCAGGAAAUAAAGCUGCAUUUGAGCCCAA